AUGUCCGACCCACUUCGGGACAGAACACCGGUCUUUCAAGUGAGAGUCAGGGGCGUUAGCAGUUCCUCCGCACAGGUCACAAAGAAGAAGCUGGAACCUCUGUUCUACGUACCUGAGGUUUUCCCAGGGCAAGCCUCUGAAGCCCCGAAUAUACCAGCGAUGUUUACCCAGCUUCCCGACCCACCAGCCCUCGAAUGGCGAGAAGAAGAAGAAGAAGAAGAAGAAGAAGAAGAAGAAGAAGAAGAAGAAGAAGAAGAAGAAGAAGAAGUAGAAGAAAAAGAAGAAGAAGAAGAAGGGAAAAUUGAAGAAGAAGAAGAAGAAGAAGAGGAGGAGGAAGAAGAGACGCUGAUAAGCUUGCGAAGGAUUAUGAACUGGAAUAAUGAAGACUAG